AAGAAAUAAAGAAAAGAACAGAAGCCAUCUUCCGGGUGGCAGUCGCCUUCGAGAAAUUUGUUCUUAAGUACAGCAAGUAUCAUCUGAGUGAGACAAGACCUUCCAAAAAGAUUACUAACCAAAAAAUGGCUCUGGGUAUUCAGUUAGGCUACCGCCAAAAUACAGGUGACUUCCUUCUCAAGGAAGAAGAAUGGCAAGCCAGUAUCAAUAUAUCUUCUGCAAAUUUUGCAGAGAAUGGGUCCGUGAUCGUAGGGUGUGUUUACAAGGAUCUUCACGAACUACUACUGACAAAUCAAUCUGUUGGGAAUGAAACUGACAAUACAAGGUUUGUGAACACCAGGAUAAUGACCGCAGAUAUGGAUCCUAAACUAGAAAAAUUACAACAAGAUGUCAUCUUGAAGUUCAGAAGCCUAGAAGUAGUUAUUUUCAGCGCUGAAAGAUAA